GUUAUCAAUCAAGAACGACUUUCUAUCUUUUCUUUUGGCGCAUUGUUGGAUUUUUUUACUUCUCGUCGCAACUUAUUGACGAGUCAAAUUCCUAUACACCUUAACAAUUUCAUAAUGGUCUCCUUACCGCGAUGGGUGCGGGUUCCUCGCCCCAGAACUUUCCUAUAUCUCAUGACUUUACGCACCGGAACAGAGAUGAUUUCAUUAUCCAUGAUCUUCAAUAAAGUUACUGGUUUUUACGGUCUUCUCGCAGUGCUUGCCGGCUUGAAAUUGUCGCCUUUACAACUUUCAAUGUACAUAUAUUCCGUCGCAGCUCUCGCACUUAUCGCGUUCCUUAUGCCUCACAUCCGCAAACAAACACCGUUUCAGUGCUUAGCCCUCGCAUGGUUUUACUUGUUCGACACGAUCAUCAACACCGCCUUCACCACAGCGUUCGCAGUAACAUGGCUCCUAGCCGUAAGCGCCGAUCAAUCUAAUAAGGGCAUUCCAAGCGCCGCUCCAGGAGGUAGCACGAUCGAUGAGACGGCAGGCUUUACGAGCCCGAAAUUCAAUGUCAGCGCAGUCAACGUUGUUGCCUCGCCAGCUUCGGGUGCUGGACAAGAUGCGGUAGCAUACGGAACUGCAGCUGGAGCAACCCUUGAGCAGAGUGUUGGAAUCGAGGAAAGCGUUCCUAGUAUCAUCGUCGUUGGAAUUCUCACAUUGAUUCGAAUCUACUUUAUCCUGGUAGUGAUGGCAUAUGCACGACAAGUUUUAAGGCAGAACAUGUACUCUGCUUCUUCAACAAAAUUGCAUCUUAACACCGAUGGUAGCACCGACGCCCGCGCGGAAAAUCCCUUUGCGAUAGACUCGCCACAAGGGCAAGGUUGGAAGGGCAAGCUUGGUAGACUUAUGGUGAAGGUUGGAGAAGGAUAUUGGCUUGGUGGCCAAGUAGAUGAAGCAUGGGCCAAAGGUUUAGAUGGGCGAUUCAAGACUCAAAGAACAUUCAAUGGACCUCCAGGUACCAUAGAAAGAGAACGAAGAGCGAGAAGUGGAACAGGACCACCCGUUCCUGCCAAGGGUCUCGGUAUUGGGAAGUUGUAAGACUAUAUACAAUGUGACGGCGGCCGUUUGGGCAGUGAGAAAUAGAUAUGAUAGAUGGAUAUCUAUUAUGUUGGUACGAUGAUGUAAGCUGUAUAGGAAAGCAAUGGUGUAGACCGGAGGACGUCAUUGGCAUGCCAUUCUGUGAUACAUUUCAGAAGAGCUUGAUGAUCAGUCUUUCGUAACCUCAAAGCUGGAAGAGGUUUUCAUAGUACACAUGGCGUUCUUUGGGUACAUUGGUAGGGUGUGCUUGCAAGCAGUCGAACUGCCUUUUUUUUUGAUGGAUUCUCGAAUUGCUUAUAGUCAUGGAAUAGGAAAUCAUUGAUGACGGCAAUUACUAUUAUAUAAUGAUUUAGGAAUUAAUGCAAACUGAUAAUUGCAACCUGUGAAAACAUCUCGUGUUCGGGUUCCAGUCCA